UUGAUGCUAAUUUAAAGAGACAUGCUUUUUAAUUGCCUCAUUCUGCAUAUUUCUUUUUUGUAUGUGGUGGCUCAACCUGCAGCACCGUUUUAUAUCAAAGCUUUUGCAUAAUGGGUUUAGUUCUUUAUACUUCAUUUCUGUAGUGUGGAUAUAAAUCCUGUUUACAUCUGGAAAGCUUUUUUUUGUGUGUGUAUAUAUUUACAAUUUUUAUUUUCACGAGUCAUAUUUUAUUUAGCUACAAUUUCUCUUUAAUAAACCAACACCAGAACUAAAGAAAAGCAAAAGACAAAAAAGAAAAAGAAAAAAAAAGAAAAAUAUUCAGGACAUUUCCAUAUUAUUUUAGGCAUAGUGUGACGUUGCCCUUGGUUUCUCCUUCCUCUCACUCAGUUAUUUGUCCUCCCGGCCAUUUACGGAGCUGUGGUCAUGGUCAUGGCUUGCCGCUCUGACCUACAUCAGCUGGCGGCUUUCAUUUAUGGGGCAGGGCUCGCCGGCCUCUUCAGCGUCUCCACUUUCUUCCAUAUUGUCUUCUAUCUCGGAUAUUACAAAAAACUUAAAGAAGUUCUCCACCGCAGUGAUAGAGCUAUGAUCUAUAUUUUUAUUGCUACCUCAUACACCCCAUGGCUGCUAUUGCGACCCAUGCCGCUGGAUUCGUGGACUCUGCAUUUAAGGUGGGGGAUAUGGGUUCUGGCAGUUCUUGGAAUCUUGUACCAGCAGCUCUUCCACGAGAGGUUUAAGAUGCUGGAGACUGUAUUCUAUCUCAUCAUCGGCAUCCUUCCCUCCCUGGCAGUCAUGGAUAUGGAAGAUGCUUCUGGCCUAGAAGAGCUCAAGUUGGGGGGAGCUAUCUACGUCCUGGGCGUGAUCUUCUUUAAGCUGGAUGGCCGCAUUCCUCUGGCACAUGCCAUAUGGCAUCUCUUUGUGGUCCUGGCAGCCUUUAUCCAUUACUAUGCUGUCCUCACCUACCUGAUUCUUCCUUCAGCAUCUGAGAGCACCCCCUCAGCUGUGGGGAUAGUGGGGGGAGUUGAAGGCAGGGCACCUGAGACAUGUGAUGCAUCUUUGCCUGAGUGCUCUAGCUUGUAGGAUGGGUAUGCUCCCAGUGCAGGUUGGUUGAAGCGAUUGUUGGGUGGGCCAAAAGUCAAGUAUUAUUAUUCCUCAGGUGACACUUUUCGAUACUGGCUUUGGGGGUUUUCUAUAUGCUGUGAGACAGGUGGGUGCAAGUGUCAGCUUUUUCUCAGGAGAGCUGCUAACUUUUCUGAUAGCCAUGAAGGAAGGAAGAGCAGAGUGUCAUACUACUAGGACUAGCAUUGUUGUUCUGUUAUGGGAUCAUGAUUAUUUUGUUUUUUCCUUAAUACCUUUAUUUAUUUUUAUUUUUUUCAAGCAUUAUCAUGGAUACCUUGUCUGUUUGUUUUAGAAUAUGAGCUGUAUACUCCAUGAAUCAAGUAUUGAUUAUCAGGAAUAUUAGAGUAUUGAGCUUGGAGUCACACAAGUUUACUCAGAAGCAGUGGUGCUUGUGCACAUGAAAGCACACAAAUAUUAUGAAUGGAAAUAGAGUACAUGUAUGGAUAUUAUCUCUGCCUUUGUGUGCAAACCAUGUUAAUAUGGGAUAAGUUGAAGUUGAAAUUUGUCAGUAUUCUACUUUGCUGUCCACCUACAGCAAUUCCUGAGUCUGCAAAGGCAAGAGAACAGUAUAUUUGUAUUAAAACAAAGCAGUUGCUCAUGAUCUUUUGCAAUCACAAUGACUAACCCACAGUUAAUACUACAUGUAGAAGAGAUAUGUUCGAGUUUCAUUUUAUAAUGCUAGCAAAAUAACAGUGAAUGGCAGUUAUCACACACUCAUGUUGUAUUAUGAGAGAAACUAGUAGAUUAUAAUGUAGAAUAUACCUAGCAUAAUGCAGGAAAUUGCAAAAACAUGACUGAUUGCUUCUCAUGUCCUUGGAGGUUAAGCAGAAUAUAGGAGACUAAUUAUGGUUUUCAGGGACAGACAAGAAUACCCACAUCCAAUUCCAAAAACACCCUUGUAAUGGAUUGAGCUAUCCCUAGUUCCUGAUCUGCUGCCUAAAAAUUUCUCAAGGGUUUAAAGGUUCUUUUUCCUUGAAAGGCGAGAAAGAUUAAAGGGAAUGCUGUAGAAAAUCACUGCUUGUGAUGUAGCCUACUGAUUUUCAUUACUUCUGUGAUGCAUUGAUCAAAGAUGACUUUACUAUAAGCUGUUGAAUGUGUCGUGACAAUAAUGUUCAAGGUUAUUUCAUGGUUACUGAAUGAUAUUGCAUUUCUCUUCUAUUUUAUUACAAGCUCUCUAAAGUGCCAUAAGUUGUUCCCAAGUUGUUGCUCUUUAACGGUUGCAAUUUGUCAUGUGUUAGUUUAUUUGAGCGUCAGGUAUUU